AUGGGGGAAUUAGGAAUGGUGUUGAUGAGCUUUCUCCAAACAGGAAGGAAGGCUAAUGCUGAAAAAUGCAAGAACUAUGAGCCACACCUUCCACUUCAUGAGUAUCCACUGUUGGGAGAUCUCAUGAUUGGUGCCAUUGCUUCUCUGUCCUUCAUCAUUCCUGAUGCAUUAACCUUCACUGGAGAACCCCCACAAGCAUUGCAUGAUGAACUUCUCUAUUUCACGGCCAAGUGGACCUAUCAAGCCACCUUGCUACUGCUAUGUGCAGCAGGGAGAUUAGUUCCGAACUACAAAUGUGGUAUCCAGCAACACUUGAUAUCAGUUAUAGGGGGACUGGAUGCCCAAAUCUCCCUUCAGGUAGCAACUCUCUUGGAUAUCUAUAAGAUCCCACAGAUGAUAUAUGGCUCUGCACCAGUGAUGAAUGAUAAAACGCCAGGCCUUUCCUUCUACAACAUGACUCCCAGGGAGUCCCUUCAGUAUGCAGGCAUUCUCUCUUUGCUGCUGCAUUUUGGGUGGACUUGGAUUGGGACAGUCGUUACAGAUAAUGACAAUGGGGAGCGAUUCCUCCAGAUGGUGGUCCCACUGUUUUCUGACAGUGGUGUCUGCUUUGCUUUCAUUGAAAAAACCCCUGAACUUACUCUUGGCAAGGAUAUGAAAUACAAUUUUGAGAAAGGAGCAAGAAUACGUGAUAAAAUUGUGGACAGCACAGCCAAUGUACUGGUGGCCAAUGGAGAAUCAUAUUCCAUGACAUUUUUCAGGUGGUUACCAUAUCUAUCAGAACGAGGUCAUGUGGCAAAUGCACCAAUUGGUAAAGUAAUCAUUGUGACAGCUCAGGUGGAGCUUACAUCAUUUGUCUAUCAAAGGGAUUGGAACACGGACUUUUUUCAUGGCGCACUGUCUUUCACAAUUCAAUCCAAACAUGUCCCAGGAUUUCAAGAAUUCCUUAAUGCAAAAAACCCUUCAAGUCCAAAAGGAGAUGAAUUUAUUAGGACCUUCUGGCAACAGGCUUUCAGUUGUGUAUUUCCAGAUCCAUUUCUGGGCAAUAUAGAUGGGAAUAUCUGCACUGGGGAUGAGAAGCUGGAGUGUCUUCCUGGGUCAUUUUUUGAAAUGAGUUUUACUGGUCACAGCUACAAUGUAUACAAUGCUGUCCAUGCAGUGGCCCAUGCGUUGCAUGCCAUGUUUUCAUCUGGUCUGAAGAACAAAGAAAUGGUGACCAGAGGUGGACUGAUGCUUCAGAACCAGCUACAGUGGCAGCUCCAUUAUUUUCUGAGGGCUGUUUCAUUUAACAACAGUGCUGGGGAUGUGGUUUCUUUCAAUGAGAAUGGAGAGUUCAUAAGUGGAUUUGAUGUGAUCAAUUGGAUUGCUUCCUCAAACCAAUCUUUUCAAAGAGUGAAAGUUGGGAGGAUGGAUGCCCACCCUCCUGCAGGACACACAUUUUCCAUUAGUCUGGAUGCCAUAACAUGGAACAGCUGGUUUAAUCAGGCACAGCCUCUGUCUGCGUGCAGUGAGAGUUGCAAUACUGGCUCUAGGAAGAUAGUCAAGGAAGGGGAGCCUUUUUGCUGCUACAAUUGCAUCCCAUGUGCUGAAGGAAUGAUUUCAGGCAAGAAAGAUAUGCAUUACUGUUAUCCAUGUGAAGAUGAAAAGUACCCAAGCAAGGGCCAGGAUUUCUGCAUUCCCAAGUCUGCUAACUUCUUUUCUUAUGAAGAACCUUUGGGCGUCAUUUUAACCUCUUUCAUUAUUCUCUUCUGCUUGAUAACGUCCUUGGUGCUAGGAAUAUUUUGGAAACAUUAUGAGACGCCCAUUGUCAAAGCCAAUAACCGGCACCUCACCUAUGCUCUCCUCGUCUCUCUCCUGUUCUGCUUCCUCUGCGCAUUGUUCUUCAUCGGCCAGCCACACAAGGUAACAUGCCUCCUGCGACAAAUUGCUUUUGGCAUCAUCUUCUCAGUGGCUGUCUCUUGUGUGCUCACAAAGACAGUCAUGGUGGUCUUGGCCUUUAGAGCCACCAAACCAGGAUGCAAGAUGAGGAAGUGGAUGGGGAAGAGACUGGUAAACACCCUCCUUCUUUCCUGCUGCCUUCUUCAGGCAGCCAUUUGUCUUGCCUGGUUGGCAACUUCUCCUCCUUUCCCAGAUAUUGACAAGCAUUCAGUAGCUGAGGAAAUUGUGCUGGAAUGUAACGAGGGAUCUAUAACCAUGUUUUACUGUGUGCUGGGCUAUCUGGGCUUCCUGGCGAUGGUUAGCUUCAUUGUGGCCUUUCUUGCCAGGAAGCUGCCAGACAGUUUCAAUGAGGCCAAGUUCAUCACUUUCAGCAUGCUGGUCUUUUGCAGUGUGUGGUUAUCCUUUGUGCCUUCCUACCUGAGCACCAAAGGGAAAUACCUGGUGACUGUAGAGAUCUUUUCUAUCUUAGCCUCCAGUUCUGGCCUGCUGGUUUGCAUCUUCUUCCCCAAAUGUUACAUCAUUUUGCUGAGACCUGAGCUGAACAAGAAGGAGCAUCUAAUAACAACUUGA